CUAUUCGGUACCACGUGUAUGGCUGGCAGAAUUCUCGGCCCCCUAAACCACCGCCUCCGACGCAGAGCCAAUCAGGGCGCGUUGCAUCAUCACCGGGUGCCAUAAGACGCAAAGGUAAUGUCAGAGCGCGCUUAGAUGACCGAGAGGCGGAGGGACCGCUGCCGUUGCCAAGGGUUACGGAGUUAACUCGUUCCGUUUGCGCAACGCCUGAUGGGAGUAGUGGUUCGGUGGCGCCCCACAGCUGCCCUCCUUGGAGGCGGAGGAACUACGACUCCCAGGGAGACCCGGCAUCAGCCUGGGCAAAGAAGCGGCUGUUCCAGCUUUGUUCGAGGUCCGCCACUGACUCUAAAAAAUGCUGCUGGCUCCCCAGGGAAAGUCCCCCUCAAAGAAGAGGCCCGGGCUGAGUCGUUGGAAACAGUUUACAAGGAAGCCAAGUCCCAAGCCUGCUUUUGAUCCUGACAAUGUGGAACACUGUAUUAAGAGAGUGGAGAAAGCCUCGGAAUUUGCAGUUUCUAAAGCAUUUUCUACUGGAAAUUCAGAUUUAUCCAGAAGGCUUUGGGACCAAAGAAUAGAUUUGGAAACUGCUGAGCAAAUAGAGGACCAUGAUGAAGUCUAUGCAGAAGAUUUAUGUGGCUAUUUAGAGGAAGAAGAAGAAAGUACUGCCGUUCAAAAAUUUAUAGACCAUCUGCUGCAUAAAGAUGUGAUGGAUUCUGGGAUAUUGGAAGAUCUUGAAAUGAAUGGGGACCAAGACAAGAAGCAGCAGAAGGAUCCUCGUCUUACCAUGGAGAUGAGACAUAAGCAGGUAAAAGAAAAUCGCUUAAGACGUGAAAAAGAACUAGAGUGCCAGAGAAUUGAAAAGACCCUGAAAAAGUCGGCCUUCUUAGAGGCUCAGUAUCUGGUGCAAGAGGAAAAGAAAAGGAAGGCUCUGGAGGCCAAGAAAGAGGAGGAGGAGAUUCAAAGGGAGAUGGUAAAGCUGCGGAAGGAGAUCAUUGAGAGGAGACGCACUGUGGAGGAAGCAUGGAAAAUAGAGAAGAAAAAACAAGAAGAAAAUUCUCCAAAAAAUCUAGAAAAAAGCAUGUUUCAAGGUGCUCAUAUUCUUCUGGAUGAAGAAAAAAUGGCAAAAGAAAGAAAGAAGCAGCUGAAAGAGUUAUUAAUACAAACUUUCAAAGAAAAUCACCAGUGUCAAAAACGGUAUUUCUCUGCCUGGCACAAGCUGAUUCUUGAUCGUAGGAUUAAGCUGGGGAAAGCUGGGACCCUGUGUGACUGGAAGUUUCAACUGAAGGUCCUGCGCGCUUGGAGAGACUACACCAGAUCCCAGAAGUUGGUGCGGGAGACUCAAGCCAUGGAAGAUGAGCUUCGGGAAGAAAACAGGAAGCAACAAGUGGCCAUGGAGUAUAACCGGAAACAAGUUCUCCGACACUGCUUUACAGAAUGGCAGCACUGGCAUGGUGCAGAGAUCCUGAAGAGAGAGCUGGCUUUAGCAAAGGAGGAAACUAGAAAGAAAAUGAACGAGCUGCUGAAGGCAGCAUCACUAGGGAAACUCGGUACAAGAGAGCCAUCAGGCAUUGGUCUCAUUGAGGAGGCAGCAGCCACAGUGGAUCCCUCUAUAAGAAAUGGAGAGGUGACUGCUGUGCCCUCUUUGUGGGAAAAGCCUCCCUCAGAGAGCAAUGGUUGUAUGCCCAGCUCCCACCUAGGAAGAUCAACAAAGAACAACUUGCAGCUUCCCCUCCAGAAUGUCCCUCUGACAACAUCUGACAAUAAGCAGUGUAAGAUCCUGGAUGUUGAGCCUUCCCAACAGCCUGGAAGCAAGAAGAAGCUCAGAACCACCAGGCAGAAAGCAGGACCCAUUUGCAUGGGUCAUUUCCACAACUGCCAUGACUUCCAGCAACAGCUGAUUGAAAAGCAAAAAAAGAAACUUCAGGAACAGGAGAAAAUAAUUCUGGAGCUGAAGGAAAGCCAGAGGCUAGCAGAGGCUCAGUGGGCAGCAGAGCGUGCCAGAACAGUCGCAGACACACACAGCUACUUGCUGACAAACCCCAGAGAGGAAGAAAAACCAAAAGGAACCUGCCAGGUGCUUCCAAACUUGCCUGUUGCUUCCCCUGGAACUGAAGGUAGUAGAAAUGGCUCCCGAAAUUCUCUUUCCGGACCCAGAAGGAACCCAAGGCAGCUGCUGAUGGCACCCCAACCCAUACUGAAAGCCAUGGAAGAGAGAGCAAUUCAGCGAGCUGAACGUAGGCGUAUCUUGGCAGAGAGGAAGAAAAAACAAGAAGAGGAGAAAUUGGCCCAGUUAAAGGCCCAAGAGGAGGAGCGUCAGAAGAGGGAGGCAGAAGAAAAGGAAGCUCAGCUUGAGAAAAAAAGAGAAGAGAAGAGACUGAAGAAAAUGAAAGAACUAGAGAAGCAGAAGAGAAUUAAGAGGAACCAGCAACUGGAAGCAAUAGCCAAAGAAUAUUAUGAAAGGGUGUUGCUAAGGAAAAAAGGUCUAGAGCCUUGGAAGAGAUUGAGAAUGCAAAGCAAACAAAACAUCCAGGUGGCCAAAGAACACCACUCUUUGGCCCUACAACGGAAAUGCCUGCUGACCUGGUUCCAAUGUAGUCAGGAGAGCCUGGCUAGGAAGACAGUGCGGGCUGAUCAAUUCUAUUCCCAAAUAUUGCUUAGGAGAGUCAUGCGGAGCUGGCUGAAGUACCUGACUGAUCUGGAGGAAGAAGUACACAAACUGUAUGUACGUUUUCUUCAGAAAAAGGUUUUCAAGGCCUGGUUUAACAUGGUCACAAUGGUCAAGAUGGAUUCUCAGAGCAAGUACGAGACUGCAGUGGAGCACAGCCACAGGAAGAUUCUCUGGAUCACAUUUCAGACAUGGAAGAAGUUUACAAAAUUGACGAAAGAGGAAAGAGUAAAAGAAGAACGGCGAGAGCAGCUCCGUCGGAAGGUAGCAGAAAUCCUCCCCGACUUCCAGAUGUCCCCAGCACCACGACCCUUACUUGCACCAGCGAUUAGCUCCUUGACCAUCAUGUAGAGGGGCCCUUGGUGUGCCAGUGGCCACGAACCAGUGCACUGCCUAGAAUGGGCCGUACCGGUGUUACCUCCCCCACCCAGACACGUGCAUAGACCUGUUUUAUGUUCUCUCAGAUACUUCAGGGAUCAAAGGAAUUAUUAGGGGAAUUUGUAUUUCCCUCUUUGACUUUUGUUGGAUUGCUAAUCAGUUCACUAAAGCACUUAUCACAGUGGGGUCAUCCAAAGGAACAAUCUAGAGCUCAACUGUUCAAAUGUAUCUUACAGAUUUUAGCAUCAUAAACUUUUUUUUUUCAGCUGAAUGUAUUUUUUUUUAAUUAAGGUAUCACUGAUAUACAAUAAAGGUUUCACAUGAAAACCAUUGUGGUUACUACAUUCACCCAUAUUAUCAAGUCCCCCCCACCACCCCAUUGCAGUCACUGUCCAUCAGCAUAGUAAGAGCAUCGUAAACUUUAACAGAGGACAGGUGUUUGCUUGCCUGAGCCUGUGAAGGAAAAUGUGUCCUUACAGCUUAAUGUUGAGUUGUGGACAAAUACAAUUUUAAUUAAAUAGAAAUUAAAAGUAAUGAGUACUUAGAAAAGGAGUCACAGGUGAUUGGUCAUCUAAUAUCAUAGCAUUAGCAACAGGCAUUCUGCCAGACCCCAUCCCUUUUUGCCCACUCUGACAGAAAACCACUUAUCAAAAGGUACUCUGUUUCACACUGCAAAGUGUACUGGCAUAUCUAAACUUCACAGAAACUGGGGCACCAAAGAUACUUCUUCAGUGCACUCCAAUAAGCAGGAAGGGAAUUCCAAAAGCUCAUGACCCUCAGAGGCACUUACCAG